AAUAUGCAAGUCUUUCUGUUUUGCUUUGUUGCAAUUCCUCCUCGUCUGCACAUUAGCACGAAUUUUCAAUACAAAUCAAAUAAUGCAUUCAGUACACUCAAUUUUCUAGAUGAGAGUGGUAAUGGUGGUAACAUUAUCUGCCCCUCGUAUGAUUCUUAUGAAUUCUCUACUUACUCAAAGCUUCCACAAAACAAGCUCACGACUUGCUUGCCAAUUCACCACUUCGCUCGGUUUCAUUGAAAGCCCAUUUGUUCGUUAUGUUAAACACGAAGACAAUUAUAAUUUUUCAAGUCCUUUUGAGUCCCUACCUGCUUACAAGAUUUCAGGUCAGCACACUGCUUGGAACUCAAAAUUCAUGCAUGCCCAUUUGAUUAAAACUUGUGAUUUGCAGUCUGAUAUCUUCGCUGUGAAUUCUUUGCUUGAUUUUCACUGCAAAUCUGCUGACAUGGUUGUUGCCCGCAAGCUGUUUGAUUCAAUUCCUAUUCCAAAUGAUGUUUCGUGGAACAUCAUGAUAUCUGGUUAUAGGCAUAAUUCAAUGUUUGAGAAUUCGUGGGAGAUGUUUAGUAGGAUGCAUUCGGUUGGUGCCGAUCCUAAUGAGUUUAGCUAUUGCAGUGUUCUUUCGGCUUGUGUUGCUCUGCAAGGUCCUUUAUUUGGUGAGCAAGUUUUUUCACUUGUUUUGAAAAAUGGGUUCCUUUCCAGUGGUUUUGUUCAGACUCAAAUGUUACAAACGUUUUCCAAAUUCCAUGGCUUUAAGGAGGCUCUUAGGUUUUUUAAUUAUCUUUCAUGCACUAAUGUGGCAUGUUGGAAUACUAUUAUUGCUGGGGCAGUUAAAACUGGAGAAAGCUGCGUUGCUUUGAAUUUGUUUUGCCAAAUGUUGCGAGCAUAUCUAAUGCCAAAUAGUUAUACAUUUCCAAGCGUCUUAACGGCAUGUUGUAUCCUUAAAGAUAUGCAGAUGGGUAAAGUUGUUCAUGGUUGUGUUGUCAAAUGUUGUGCAACUGAUAUCUUUGUCAAGACUGCUAUUGUUGAUUUUUAUGCCAAAUUUGGGUGUAUGGAUGAAGCUUUUAGAGAAUUCUCACAUAUGUCAGUCCAUAAUGUGGUUUCUUGGACGGCAAUAAUUUCUGGGUUUGUGCAAGAUAAUGAUAUUUUUUCUGCAUUAAAGCUUUUCAAAGAUAUGAGGCAAAUAGGGCAGGAGAUAAAUAGCUAUACCCUUACGAGUGUGCUUUCUGCGUGUGCAAAACCUGGAAUGAUUGAUCUGGCAGUCCAAAUUCAUUCCCUGAUAUUAAAAUUAGGGUUCUAUUUGUAUCUUAAUGUUGGGGCUGCUUUGAUCAACAUGUAUGCAAAAAUGGGAGAAGUUGAACUAUCAGAAUUAGCCUUCAAUGAGAUGGAAAAUAAGAAGGAUCAGGGCACAUGGGCAGCCAUCCUGUCGUCUUUUGCGCAGAACCAAAAGUCUAGGAGGGUGGUUGAGUUAUUCCGGGUAAUGUUAAGAGAAGGAGUGAAACCUAAUGAGUAUUGUAUUAGUAGUGUGUUAAGUAUUAUUAGCUGCUUGACUUUAGUGACACAGAUGCAUAGUUACACUUUAAGGUCUGGGUUCGAGACUGAAGCUUCGGUCGGCUGUUCCCUUUUCACAAUAUACUCAAAGUGUGGCAAUUUGGAGGAGUCUUAUAAAGUUUUUCUGCAAGUUCCAAUUAAAGACAAUGUCUCGUGGACCUCCAUGAUUGCUGGUUUGGCAGAGCAUGGAUAUGCAGAGCAAGCUCUUCAGCUGUUUAGAGAUAUGAUAUAUCAAAAAAUUCUCCCCGAUCAUAUGGUCUUAAUACCAACUCUAUCUGCUUGUUCCAUUCUUCAGUCCUUGCAGAUGGGUAAAGAAAUUCAUGGUUAUGCUUUUCGUUUAGGAAUAGGAAAAAACUUAGCCUUUUGUGGAGCAUUGGUAAAUAUGUAUUCGAAGUGUGGAAGCUUGAAUUUGGCAAGGACACUGUUUGAUAUGCUACCCGAAAAGGAUGCAUUUGCAUGCUCUUCGAUGGUCGCAGGAUAUGCCCAAAGGGGCCUAAUUGAAAAGGCAUUUUUAUUAUUCCGUGAGAUGCUCUUCGCUGAUGUAUCAGUGGACUCUGCUGUAAUUUCAUCCAUUCUCGGAGCUGCUGCAAUUUCGUAUCAAUCAGAAAUCGGAACUCAAUUGCAUGCCUACAUCCGAAAGUUAGGCUUACAAGCAGAUGUUUAUAUUGGAAGUUCGCUAAUGACAAUGUAUUCAAAAUGUGGAAGUAUUUUAGAUUGCCGAAAAGCGUUUGAUGAUGCUGAGAAGCCAGAUGUAAUAGGUUGGACAUCCAUGAUUGUGAGCUAUGCUUAUCAUGGUAAAGGCGUAGAGGCCUUAGAAGCUUAUGAACUAAUGAGAAAAGAUGGAGUAAAACCUGAUGCAGUAACAUUUGUUGGGAUUUUAUCAGCUUGUAGCCAUAGUGGGCUCGUUGAGGAAGCCUUCUUCUAUCUUAAUUCAAUGCUCAAAGACUACGGCAUUACACCUGGUCAUCGACAUUACGCUUGUAUUGUCGAUGUGCUAGGCCGAUCCGGCAGAGUCCGAGAAGCUGAAAGUUUCAUAAAUGAGAUGCCUAUUGAGGCUGAUGCUUUAAUAUGGGAAACUCUGCUUGCUGCUUGCAAAGUCCAUGGUGAUUUCAAACUUGGAAAGGUAGCAGCCAAAAAGGUUAUGGAGUUCAUAUCAAGUGAUGCUGGAGCUUAUGUUUCUCUCUCUAAUAUUUGCGCAGAUGUAGGACAGUGGGAAGAAGUGGCCAAGAUUAGGAGUUCGUUGAAUUGGACUGGGAUGAAGAAAGAGCCUGGUUGGAGCCUCAUGUGAAGUGUAAUAGUGACAUAAUUUUGUUCUAAUAUCUUUAGAAAAGGAUAAAGAGGUCCUUGACUUUUUGUUCUGUAAAUAUUUUCGUCCUGACGAUUUAAAAAUACUUUUAAAUUUCUGAUCUCUUUAGAAGUUGGACAUAUGAAUCCCUCUGUUCAUAUGAAUCCGUCAGACCCAACAAAAAAAUUUGAUGUGGCUCCUGUUAUGCUGACCUGACCGUUAAGGAUGCACACGUGGAGAGAACCUUUUCAA